CUGGCUCCCAGUGCCAAGUGGUCCCCUUCCUCCCCUCAUCUCAAUCCAUCACUGUCCAUGUCCACUAUCCAUGUCCACUGCCCCCCCUUGAAGCAAGCCCCCUUGGCGUCCACUAAGUGUAUCGUAGCGUCUAAAGCACACUGUACAGCAGGUAGCGUCGGGUCGUGGUGUCCCACUGGGUUUUUAUUCACCGACCGCCCGCGCUCCGAUCAUUUUCUGUCUUUUUCCAUCUCCUCCCAUCGCUUCACCGCUGAUAUAUUUCCGUCUCGCCUCACCCGCAAUAACCGUCAGAAAAAAAAUUAACAAGCUCAAACACACACCGUCGACAAUCGUCUCGCUCACGCUACUCGAACCAUCAUCAAUAGCCUCUUCCAGCUAAACAACACCGCGCCAAAACUCAAUCCACACACGAAUACACUCCACUUUAAAUCGACAUACCAUCGUCGAUACCUAAAUUCCGCCUCUCUUUUUCCACUCGAUAAGAACGAAAGGUCCAAUCAACCGCCCCCAUCGACGAACGGUUCCGAAUUCCCGAGAACCGACUCAACAUACCAAACCACCCACAUAGUCUACAGCAAACCCGAGAAAUCUUUCGCAAUGGCGCCCAUGAAUCAGCAGAGUAAUUACAGCAGUAGUAAUUAUGGUGAGGCCAUUGUCCGUCAGGCCAAUGUCCUCGCCAGCUGCUACAUCGUCGAUUCCGCCGCGACUCUUCGCGGUCUCCACUACUGCACUACCGGCGCCGCAGGGGCCGAGUGGUAUUCCUGAGGUCCCCUCAGGAUUACCAUCUCCACCGUCAAGUCCCCCCCUCGCGGCCAUCACGGCGUCCAACGAGCUUGCACUGCUUCCCAAGGCCAGCAGCAGCAAGCGUCGCGACGCCGUGCCCGGCAAGCGAAUUAGCCGUCGAGGGGGGGCGGCGCUCUCGAUCAGGGAAGAAUGUGAAAGGUUCUUUUGCGAGUCUAUGAGGGCUGUGUUCCGAGGUGAGACGGACACUGGCUCCCAUGGCUCCGGCCUGCAUCAGGGUGUUUACAACAACAACAAUCACAACGGCAGCACGAACGCAACAAUGCUGCAGACUCCGCCGCCGGAUGACGACCUCGCCGUCCAGCCGCACUCCUUUGGGGGUCGCUGUGGGGCCGCUGACGGACACCCCAUGGCCUCGUCCGCUCCGUCCCCGGCCACGGCCUGGUUGGAGGUGUGGGACUUUGCCGGCGGCGCGAGUUUCCGGGCCUUUGUGGCGGACGACGGGACCGAAAAGUCCCUCUUCGCCUUGUUUGACAGGAACGUCAUCGGACGUGACCUGAAGCCAGCGCUUAUGGCGCUGAUGGAAUUGGUCGACGGACCCCUCAAUUGCCAGCACCUGGUCAUCUGCGUCGACCGGGGCAUUGAGGAGGAGGACGCCAAGUCGCUGAUGAAGAGCCUGCAGUGGGUCGGCUUCGAGUUGACGACGCUGGACCACUGGGCGCGCGACGUGGACGUGACGAGCAACCAGUGGCUGUUUAUGAGCAUGGAGAUCUAGCAUUACCCGGGCCUCGGCCGUUCGCGUUUUGUCUUGGAUUUUUUUUGGGUUCAUAAGCUAGGCAGUUCGGGAGUUUUCUUAUUCCCUUGUUGGUCGUUUUGUCCUGCUUUUCAGCUCGGAUCUCUGCUUCCGUCUGUCAGAUGGUUUUUUACCAUUGCGAGUCUUCCGAGGGUUUCUUCAUUUCCUUGCUCUUGUCUUCUCUUACGUAUGGGAACAGCUCGGGCUUGGGAGACAACUAGCAUGUAAUAGGGGAAAGGGGAAAAGGUACCGUCGAAAAGCAUUGAGUAAGGAACUCGGUUUCGUGUUUUAUGCUAUCUUUUAGUCCCUCUCCUGUAUUUGUACUUGAGCCGAGAAAAGUUUGGAGGACUAUUAUCUCCUUCCCCCUACCCUGGCCAUGGAGUCCAUCACUGCCGGUAGGAUUUUCACGUCUUUUUUUCCGUCUCCUGGAUCGCUUCAUGCGAUUUUGCUAUUGGGAUUCUUUCUGGUGGUCUAUUUUCUUAUUCACUUUUGGUAUCUGGAGGGGAUCUAGUACGUGACGCUCAACACCGCACGUCUAUGGCAUGGAGGAUAAUGACACCGCGUCCCGCUCUAACCAGGCGUUUUGUGCGUUGCGUCACAACAGAACUCCAUCCAGGUUGGGCUGACUGUCCGUUAACACCCGCAAUCAAACAAAUUGAAACCUCUAAAAUCGUUCUAAAUAUUUUGCUCCCCUCCUUUCCCUUAAAUGCUGUGGCUGAUAUGUUCGUCUUCCCUCUUUCGACAACAUGUGACAUGAAAUCGUCGGUUUGAAUCAGGUGGAUAUUUUCUUUCUUCUCCUUUUUCUUUCUUU